GAACACACUCAAAUAUUGUGACAGUUGAUAAGGCUCUCCUGUAACAUUUCCAGCGGCCCUUGCAUCCACUAUCACAAGGCCUAUUUCUUCAUCUAACUUCCGAGAAGAAGCGGCCAUGGCCGCUAAUGCGUUGUCUUACAGUCUUGCCCAUAUCUCAACUUGCUCUUGCUCAAAGAAAUUGAGUCCCUCCAUCUUCUCAUCUCCUCCCUUAAUUUCGCUCACCCCUCGCCGCGCCCCGCUUCCUAGCUCCUCACUCGAUGCCUUAGUAGUUAGAUUCCCUUCGCCGCUUAGUCGCCGUUUCCGACAUUUCACAGCUUCCGCGGCGAGCGACAACUCCGUGGAAGGCGAGGCGGAGGUAGAGGAUGCAGAAGAGGAGAGCGAGAUUCCGGCUGAAGGUGCUGAUGUGGUGGCGGAGGAGAAGCCUCCCAGGAAACCUAGAAUCAAGCUCGGGGACAUUAUGGGGAUUUUGAACAAGAGGGCUAUUGAGGCAUCGGAAAAGCAGAGGCCAGUGCCAGACCUCAGGACUGGAGAUAUUGUGGAGAUUAAAUUGGAAGUACCAGAAAAUAAGAGGCGGCUUUCUGUUUACAAGGGUAUAAUCAUUUCAAAGCAAAACGCGGGAAUUCACACAACUAUUCGUAUUAGGAGGAUUAUUGCAGGCAUUGGCGUUGAGAUUGUUUUCCCUAUCUACUCGCCUAACAUAAAGGAGAUCAGAGUUGUUAAGCACAGGAAGGUCAGAAGAGCGAGGCUCUAUUACUUGAGAGAUAAGCUGCCUCGCUUCUCAACAUUCAAGUGAUAAUCUUUUCAAAAUUUCAAUUGUAUUUUCCUGUUUAUGACAUGUUUGUUUUAUAUUUGGCGACCAUCUAAUGUCUUUUCUUAUUGUUCGUCUGUGUUCUUUUGAGUAAUGAAAUAACUGAAAUGGCUGAUGUUGUUUUA